UUUCGUUUAUGUAUAAAUUUGCCAAAGUCCCUUCUCACCUGCCUCACCAACCAUAUCUCUCUUUUAACUUUCUCAAGGAAACACACUUUCAGGUAGAACCCAAAUAUUUGCAAGAGAAGGUUUUGGUUAAUUAGUGGGCAUUGCAAGAAAAUGGCCAACGAUCAUUUGCACGUUCUUAAUAAACUUGAUGUGGCAAAGACACAGCUUUAUCAUUUCACUGCAGUUGUUAUUGCUGGAAUGGGUUUCUUCACUGAUGCAUAUGAUCUAUUCUGCAUAUCCCUUGUAACGAAAUUGCUCGGCCGCAUAUACUAUCAUGUUGAUGGUGCAGAGAAACCUGGCACAUUGCCUCCUAAUGUAUCAGCAGCUGUUAAUGGUGUUGCAUUCGUUGGAACUUUGUCAGGCCAACUAUUUUUUGGUUGGCUUGGUGACAAAAUGGGUAGAAAGAAGGUCUAUGGAAUUACCCUGAUGCUUAUGGUCAUUUGUUCUGUUUGUUCAGGCCUUUCUUUCGGGAAGGAUCCAAAAGCAGUUAUGGCAACCCUUUGCUUCUUCAGGUUCUGGCUUGGAUUUGGUAUUGGCGGUGACUACCCGCUUUCCGCAACGAUCAUGUCUGAAUAUGCUAACAAAAAGACUCGCGGUGCGUUCAUUGCAGCAGUCUUUGCGAUGCAAGGGUUUGGAAUUUUAGCAGGAGGCAUAUUUGCUAUUAUCGUAGCAUCUGCAUUUGACUCCAAGUUCAGUGCUCCUGCUUAUGAAGUUGAUCCAAUCGGUUCGACUGUCCCUCAAGCAGAUUACGUUUGGCGAAUUAUUCUUAUGGUUGGAGCAUUACCAGCUGGACUGACUUAUUACUGGCGAUUGAAGAUGCCUGAAACUGCUCGCUACACUGCUCUAGUUGCAAAGAAUGCACAGCAGGCAGCAAGUGAUAUGUCCAAGGUUCUGCAGGUCAAUAUUGAGGCAGAACCUCAGAAGAUUGAGAGGUCGAAUCAGCAGCCAACCAGUUCUUUUGGUCUGUUUUCAAAAGAGUUUCUUCGUCGCCAUGGACUUCACUUACUUGGAACCACAAGUACAUGGUUCUUACUUGACAUUGCAUUUUACAGUCAAAAUCUAUUCCAGAAGGACAUAUUCAGUGCCAUUGGAUGGAUUCCUUCAGCAAAAUCAAUGAAUGCUAUUCAGGAGGUUUUUAGAAUUGCAAGGGCACAAACACUUAUUGCUCUAUGCAGUACUGUCCCGGGCUAUUGGUUCACGGUGGCUCUCAUCGAUAAAAUGGGAAGGUUUGCCAUCCAAAUGAUGGGAUUUUUCUUCAUGACAGUGUUUAUGUUUGCCUUAGCCAUUCCUUACAAUCACUGGACACACAAGGAAAAUAGAAUUGGAUUUGUGGUAAUGUAUUCAUUUACUUUCUUCUUUGCAAACUUUGGACCUAAUUCUACCACAUUCAUAGUGCCAGCGGAGAUUUUCCCCGCGAGGUUAAGGUCUACAUGCCAUGGUAUAUCAGCAGCGUCUGGGAAGCUUGGGGCUAUGGUCGGCGCAUUUGGGUUCUUGUAUUUGGCUCAGAACCAGGACAAGUCCAAGGCAGAUGCAGGGUACCCUGCAGGAAUUGGUGUGAAGAAUUCACUCAUCUUGUUGGGUAUAGUCAAUUUAUUAGGCAUGCUGUUUACUUUCUUGGUGCCAGAAUCCAAAGGAAAAUCUUUGGAGGAGAUGUCCCGUGAAAAUGAGGUAGAGAGUGAAGAAUAGCUGCAUCCAGGAAAACUGGAAGUGCAACUGGAAAGGAUUGUUUUGGCUGUGUAGGUUAUCCUAUAUUAGCAUGAUUUUGUAAAGGAAGCCUUGCUAGUUCGAUUUCUCCUCAUCUAUUGCCGAUUCCAAUGGACAAAGCGGCAGAUUGUUCCCUUUUUGCCUUUUUCCUCUUUGAUCAACCUCAAAUGUAACUUUCAUUAAGUUCAUUCUAGAAUCAUAAAAGAAUUUCUUUUUACA